GCCAGUUUAUUGGCCUGCACCGCUAGGCUGAGGUCCAGCGGGGUCUGAGGGCUGUGUCAGGCCCGCUGCCAUGGCGUCUUAUUUCGAUGAACACGACUGCGAGCCGUUGCACCCCGAGCAGGAUGCCCGAACCAACAUGCUGCUGGAGCUCGCAAGGUCCCUUUUCAAUAGGAUGGACUUCGAAGACUUGGGGUUGGUAGUAGAUUGGGAUCACCACCUGCCUCCACCUGCUGCCAAGACUGCAGUUGAGAACCUCCCCAGGACAGUCAUCAGGGGCUCUCAGGCUGAGCUCAAGUGCCCCGUGUGUCUUUUGGAAUUUGAGGAGGAGGAGACUGCCAUUGAGAUGCCUUGCCAUCACCUCUUCCACUCCAACUGCAUUCUGCCCUGGCUGAGCAAGACAAAUUCCUGCCCCCUGUGCCGCCACGAGCUGCCCACUGAUGAUGACACUUAUGAGGAGUAUAGACGAGAUAAGGCUCGCAAGCAGCAGCAGAAGCACCGACUCGAGAACCUCCAUGGAGCCAUGUACACAUGAGGUGGCUGGGACCGCACGCCAGCCCUCCUCCGCAACACCUUCCUCUUCUGCCUCGGAUUCUCAUUAAAAGUUUCUUUACCCAU